AUGCGUUUUCCAUGUCACCUCAUGUUACAGAAGAAGAAGAUGGCUGCACGGUUUCUGAGUCUGACAACGUAGCAAUGUAUCUUUCCUGAACGCCUGUUUGGUAUUAGUCUGUGUUAAGUCGUGCGGUUGUCAGUUUUUCCUGCGUCUGUUGUGUGUCUUAUCGAAGUCCAGUGAGGGGGGACGUCACUACCAGGGCCAUAAACCGCUCCAGUGACCAGCGUUUGGUCUCGAGUGACGACGUGUACAGGAACUGCGCGAUGAGCUGGACAUAAACAGUCCGUUCACAGUGCUUCAAAUAUAUAUUAGGCCAUUGUCUUCUAUUCAUUCAUCUGACAAUUGAUUUCAGGCUUUCAUCACCUGUUUAUGACAUUUAUCAGUAAAACCAUGUUUAACCGGGGAAAAUCUCAGCUUAGCCACCUGGCAGUAUUUGUGAUGCUGGCUUUGAAUGUUCAGGCCAGGCCAGCGAAUAUAUCAGCAUUAAAAGACAAACACCCCAACAACAGUAAGGAGGACAACGAGAUCCUUCCACAGGACCAUCUGAAUGGUGUGAAGAUGGAGAUGGAUGGUCACCUCAAUAAAGACUUUCAUCAGGAGGUGUUUCUGGGGAAGGAGAUGGAGGAGUUUGAGGAGGACUCCGAGCCCAGGAGGAACAGGAAGAAACUCAUUGAAAUCUUCACCAAGGUGGAUUUUAAUAAAGACAGGAGCGUCAGUGCUAAAGAAAUGCAGCGCUGGAUCAUGGAGAAGACAGAAGAACAUUUUCAGGAAGCUGUUAGAGAAAACAAGCUCAGUUUUCGUGCUGUGGACCCGGAUCAGGAUGGACAUGUAACUUGGGAUGAAUACAGAGUGAAGUUUUUAGCCAGCAAAGGUUUCAAUGAAAAAGAAGUGGCUGAGAAGAUCAAAAACAAGGAAGAAUUGAAAGUGGAUGAAGAAACUCAGGAGGUUUUGGAGAGCUUGAAGGAUCGCUGGUUCCAGGCAGAUAACCCUCCAGCUGACCAGCUGCUGAAUGAAGAGGAGUUCCUCUCGUUCCUGCACCCAGAGCACAGCAAAGGCAUGCUCAAAUACAUGGUCAAGGAGAUCAUUCGAGAUCUUGAUCAAGAUGGAGAUGGAAAGUUGACUCUUGCUGAAUUUAUCUCCCUCCCCAUGGGAACUGUGGAGAAUCAGCAGGCCCAAGAUAUCGAUGACGACUGGGUUCGUGAAAGGAAGAAGGAGUUUGAAGACGUCAUCGACGCCAACCAUGAUACGAUUGUAACCAAGGAAGAGUUGGAGGAGUACAUGGACCCCAUGAAUGAGUACAAUGCUCUGAAUGAAGCCAAGCAGAUGAUUGCUGUGGCGGAUGAGAACCAAAACCACAACCUGGAACUAGAAGAGAUCCUUAAAUACAGCGAGUACUUCACCGGCAGCAAACUCAUGGACUAUGCCCGUAACGUACAUGAGGAGUUCUAAGACCGUCUCCUCAAGUCUUAAUAAAUAAGAAUAGCAUGUAUAUAUCCCUAGAGUGUCGCAAGGAUGAUGUUGGUCCUUGCUUGCUUCCCAGAUUGGAAUCAACAAGUGCUUUUGGACAUGUGUUUGUAACUGUACAAAUCUGCAAGCCACAAAACCUUCUCUAAUGUUGCAAUGUGCAGGUGUGACGCAUUUAAUCGGACUCUGCCUUCGUAAUGUCAUGGGAUUUCCAUAUGAGCCCCAUAAAGUCCUAUAUAUAAUUAAUGUUAGACACUUUGUCACUUUCAUUAGGUUUUGGAGUGUUGAUAAUUAAGUGAAAUGUCUGUAUAUGAGGAAUUGGUGACGGGAAAGAGCGUUUCAAAUUUCCAUUGAUUUAAAAAAAUAGAUUUAAUGUAAAUAAUUUAGUUAAUUGGAGUGCCAUAAUAUAUGUUUUGGGUGGGUUGCUUUUGAAAGGGUUUGAGCUUCCUGAGCUACAAUGUGAUAUAUUUUCAGAGAUGACGAGCCAGCAAAAUGAUUUGGGUGGUAAUUUUGUGAAAACCGUAAUAUUACUUCUAUUUGAAAUCAUUAAAUGCAAAACAGUUAAAAAGUCUUGUAAAGAAAUAAUAUUAAAGGGAGAGUUCAACCAAAAUGAAAAAUGUCUUUGUACACAAAAGAAGAUAAUUUGAAGAAUGUUGGUAACCCAACAUAAAGAAACUCAUACAGGUUUGGAACAACUUGAGGGUGUGUAAAUCACAUUUUUUGUGAACUAUCCCUUUAAUUGAGAGAGCAUAUGGUAAUGAAUCUGUAAAUAUGUUAUCCAUUUGCAUUUUUAAGAACCCUGUUAUUCACAGUUUGUUGAAGUCAUAAUUGUAUAUAGACUGAAUAUUAUUUUAUUACUUUUAAGAAUUUAUUUUACCCUGUUACCUUAGAAAUCUUUCAAUUAAAUAUAGUGAGUACAAUAGAGAAGCUUAUUCCCUGUUGCCUGUUGGCAUUAAUAUUUCUCCAUUGCACCUGUCAGAGAGUUGUUAAAAAUAAUACAAAGUGAUUUAAGUUAAAUGUAAAAGAAAUGCUUUGAGAGGAAUUUGAUUAUUAGAAACUAUAAUUUGCCCUUUUUAAAUUGUUAUCAAAAAUGGAAGGACCAUUACAUGUAUUUUCUGGAUUUGAAAAUAAUAGUUUUAUUAAAAUACACAUUUGCCUUAAAAAAUAAAUAGGCUAAUGUGUCCUACUGACUACCUGUGCUGUGUAUAAAUUUGAGCUCAGUUUUGGUGGGUAAUCCUUUUUAAGCAUGAUUUGGUAAUGAAAUUUUUGGAUUCUUUUUAUAUAUAUAUAUCAACUCCCAUUAUGUGUUUUUCUGGAUGUUAAAAUAUAGCGGCUAAUGUGUUAAUCAUCUUUACACAGAACAUUGAUCAUAUAUUACAUUCAUAAUGUGGAAUUUCCAAUUGACUUGCUUAAGUAAAAAUGGCUGAAUGUCAUGAAGCUUAUAAAUGCAUUGUUUUGCAUUAUAUUGAAAUAUAUUUUCAUAAUGUUAUUCUGUAUUUAUGCAACAGUAUUCAUAAUUAAUGCAUGAAAUUCCAUUACUUUUCAAAUAACUUGUGUGUACUGUGAACACUGGUAACACUUGAAAUAUUUGUUCUAGAUUAGAGAGGGAAAAUUUGGGCUGAAAGUUUAUUAUAAAAUGCAGUACAGUAAUUGUAGUUCACUGUAUAUAAGUAUUAUUUUAGACAUAUUAAACUUUAAUUGGUUUCCUUGUA